AUGCCGGAUCUUGGGCGCGACGACUCAUCUUCGAGCUCAGAGUCGGGCAGUGACGAUGAUCGCCCGCUGGAGUUCGCGCACGCGUACAACUUCGGAGAGAACGUCGAGUACUUCUCCAAAUCGCACAACAAGUGGGUGUCGGCGAGGGUGACGGGAAACAACUACUUCAACAAGUCACCUCUGGAUAUAGACCGACGUUUCGAGGCCAAGUUUGUGUGCACGAUCGGCAGGGGGGUCCAAGAGCGGCGUGAUGUCCCCAUGGCGCUUCUGCGAACGAUCCCUUCCGAGGCGCAGCCCGUCAGCGUUUUUUCUGGGCAUGGACUGAAAGGGAAAUGGUUUCCUGCCUCAGUACAUGGGCUGACCACAGCGUCUCAAACGACGAUCGGCUACACAAUCAAGUACGACGAAGGAGACCUCGACGGCAACGAAUCGAAGGUUGUUGCAGGCGUGCCGGCGAAGCACCUGCGGUCCCGGUUCCCGGAGUUUGCCCGCGUGCAGGUCUACAGGGGUCCCUGCCUGGGUUGGGAAGACGCGGUCGUGGUCCGGCAGAAGCAGGACGAGGACGGGCCCGCGCGCCAGCCGCACGAGGAGGAGCCGACAGACAGCGAACUGGAGUCGGAUAGCGACGGGAGCGCGCGGCAUGAACGCACAGAGACAGAACCGAUGCCGACAGGAGCGGACCGGGGCUCCAUGACGGCGGGCAACCCGCCCGCGGGCGCCAGCUCGGACUCCGACUCGGACUCCGAUUCCGAUGACGCCGAGGCUGCCGAGGGCGCCGAGGAUUCCGAUGACGCUGAGGGUGCCGAGGGCGGCGAAGGCGCUGAGGCUGCAGAGGGCGCGGCGGCCGGCCCCGAGGCUCCCAGCACACCCAUUAGCUCCGCGGUGGCCGAUUCCCCGCGGGACCACACGGCGCCUGGCGGCUCGCGCGAGACCGCCUUGUCGCCGCCGCGGUCGCCGAGGGGAGUGGUCGUGCGCACGGAGAAGCGCAAGCAGUCACAAGGGGGGGAGAUCUGGAAGUCGAAGAACGCGGACCUCCACGACAUCGACCGGUUCAUGGAUCCGGACAUGCCCCGGCACCGGCUCGUCGAUUCGAAGGCGCUCGAGAACAGCAGGCACAACCGCAACAAGGCCAACAACAACAAGGGCCCAAAGAACAACAAGAGCUCGAACAGCCCGCACGCGCACUGGGUGCAGGUCACCAUCUGCCCGUACCGCCCGCCGCCGAGCGCCGAGGGGUCCGGCAAGCACGGGUCCCGCAAGACGCAGGACAAGGGCGGCGGGGUGGGGGGUUUCAGCGACGACGAGUCCGCCUCGAAGAUGUCCUCGCCCCGUGGAGGCGCCUUGCCUGUUGGCGCCGCGCCGGCACUGGACCAGCCAGUCCUCAACCCAGAGGAGGAGGAGGACGUGCCUUCCUACCUGCUGCGCUUCGACGAGGAGUACCUCCGCCGGCUCCGGUUGGAGAGGGAUAUGCGGGAGGCCGAACUCGAUGACGACGGCAACGAGAACGACCCCACGCGCGUCCUCGGAAUCAUCCGCAACAUGCCCUCCAGGGAGGUGACCGGCGUGUCCGGCAGCACCCGAACACCCAGGUCGAUGCUGGGACCUUACCCGAGCCCGAGGAGCGUCGCGUCGAUGGCGAGCACCCGCAGGUCCCACAUCUCUGGGACGCCGAGCUCGCGCCUGCCGCGCCUCGCCCGCCAGGCGCUCGACCCCGCGCGGCACGUAGCGCCCGGCGCGGGCGGGGCGGCUGCCGGCCCCGAGCUCUGCCGCGUCUCGCAGCCGCCGUCUUGUGUUCAGGCGCUUCCUGGCCCCUGUGCAGGCAGCCCACGCCCGCUCGCGCCGUGGGCGAAGGCGCGAUGCACGGUGCUGGCGCGUGCUGAGCUCGGCCUCCGCGUGCCCUCGGGGCUGCCGGGCGCGCAGGGCCGCGCGCUGCCGCGCGCUGCCCGGGCCCUCUCGGACCGCGCUGCCCUGGCCGCCCUGGGCGCGGGGCAGCGCCUCGGCAAGUGUGAGCUGCGCGAGCUGCUUCGCGGCGAGCUUAUCCUCACUGCGGCGUUCGAGUUUGAUUCGAACCUGCUGCAUUUGCUCGCCAACGCUAAGAUGGGUAUGCUGUACUGCACAGCAUCCCUGGAGUGCGGAUCCUGGUAUUUGGGCCAGGCCCAGGUUGAUGCUGCGCAGUUCUUCAAGGGCGCCUCUGAGGUCCGAGGGUGCGCACGUGCGCGCCAGCUCCCCGCCCGUAUCGCGGCGAAGACCGGUGCCGCCAGCGUCGAGGUGCAGAGAGGUUGGCCGAUGGGCGGCUCUAUGUCCGAGCCUGCCACAUUGGCCGACCUUGGCGACCAACGCGGAGGCCACGGAUAUGGUGGGGGCGGAGGCUACCCGAGCGGCAAGAGCCAGAACUACGCGCACCAGAACAAGCAGUACCACAACCCAGGUCCCAGCAGAUCUGACGCCUACCUGCGCGAUGCGCUGGGCAAUGCCCGUGAGAUGCAGGCGGCCUCCAUGGCGAAGGAGGCCCGACGCGCGGCCAUGGCUGAGAAGAGGAGCCUGGCAGACGCGGCGCGGCGUGGUGCCACCGAGGUCGUCGGCAACCUGUUCGGGAUCAGCAAGAGCAAGAUCAAGAAGAGCAUCGACAAGAAGAAGCAUGGCAAGAAAGACAGCGUGAGUGGCAAUGCGAUCAACCUCAAGCAGAUGAAGCAGAUGCACCAGCAGUUCAUGCAGAAGAAGAAGAAGGACAAGCAAAAUAAGAAGACGAACGACGACGAGAACGAGGACAACGCAGCAGCGCUGAAGAAAAUGAUGGCGCAGCUUCAGAAGAGUGAGGCUGCAGGUGCAGAUGAUCUGAGCAGCCUUGAGAAGGAUGAGCAGAUCGAGAAGCUGACGAAGGCCGUCGCGGAGCUCCAGAAGAAGACGGCCCGCUCAGCUACCUCUGACGGUGGUGCGUGUGCAGGGGGGCCUGCGCGUGAGGGACGCAAGCGUCUGCCCGUGCCACCGGCGUUCGACGAUGCGGAGACGCCGCGAGAUGAUGCCGGCAUUACCGAUGGCAUCCGCACGCUCACACAGCAGCUCCUGCCCGACUGGGGCAAGCUCGCCUCGGUGCCGAAGCUCACGCAGACGAUCCUCAACCAGCGGCUCGAGUCUUCAGGUCUGAGCAAAACGACGGGAGUCAACAAGCGCCAGAAGAUCGAUCAGCUCGUGAAUAAGAUUGAAUCGACGGCUUGA